CGCCUGUCUGUCCAAGCCCAGGCACAGGUCUUCAUUCCUUCCUGCGAUCCCCAAGGAAGCCCUCUCUCCCCAGACAUGGCCAACAAGGGUCCUUCCUAUGGCAUGAGCCGCGAAGUGCAGUCCAAAAUCGAGAAGAAAUAAGAUGAGGAGCUGAAAGAGCGGCUGGUGGAAUGGAUUAUAGUGCAGUGUGGCACUGAUGUGGGCCGCCCAGACCAUGGGCGCCUGGGCUUCCAGGUCUGGCUGAAGAAUGGCGUGAUUCUGAGCAAGCUGGUGAAUAGCCUGUACCCUGAUGGCUCCAAGCCAGUGAAGGUGCCUGAGAACCUGCCCUCCAUGGUCUUCAAGCAGAUGGAGCAGGUGGCCCAGUUCCUGAAGGCAGCUGAGGACUAUGGGGUCACCAAGACUGACAUGUUCCAGACUGUUGACCUCUUUGAAGGCAAAGACAAGGCAGCAGUGCAGAGGACCCUGAUGGCUUUGUGCAGCUUGGCAGUGACCAAGAAUGAUGGGCACUACCAUGGAGAUCCCAACUGGUUUAUGAAGAAAGCGCAGGAGCAUAAGAGAGAAUUCACAGAGAGCCAGCUGCAGGAGGGAAAGCAUGUCAUUGGCCUUCAGAUGGGCAGCAACAGAGGGGCCUCCCAGGCUGGCAUGACGGGCUAUGGACGACCUCAGCAGAUCAUCAGUUAGAGGGGAGAGGGCCAGCCCUGAGCCCUGCCCUCCCCCAGCUCCUUGGCUGCAGCCAUCCUGCUUAGCCUGCCUCACCCACACCUGUGUGGUACCUUCAGCCCUGGCCAAGCUUUGAGGCUCUGUCCCUGAGCAAUGGUAACUGCACAUGGGCAGCUCCUUCCCCUUCCCCCAGCUCAACUUCUUAUCCCAAAGCAUCACUGCCCUGGCCCCUCCCACCCAGCUGCCCCCACCACCCCUACUGUGAAGCGGUCUGGGGGUAGCCUGGAUAUGGGUCAAGUCCACUGUCUUUGGCAGCAGAAGCUCAUUGAAGAAGAACCAGCCCAGCCUCCCCCAUCUUUUCCUGGAAUAUUUUUGGGGUUGGAA